CCCCCCUUACUGCUGAGACUCAGGUCAACAUUCUCUUCUGAGAUAAAGAAAAAAAAAACUUGCAACGCCUAGGCAACAAAGAUCUGGUUGAACUAAGUCAGUUAGUAGGACUUUCAGUUUAUUUGAGAAGUGGAGCCUGCUGCCUAAAGAUUUAGCAAUGAUUUUAUAUUCCUUAUAUGAGUGGCUGGAUUUAAAAGGAUGCUUGUUUUGUUUUUGUUUACUCCUGCUGCUUAUAGAUAUUAUCAGAAAUAAAAAUCCUGCAAAUUUUCCACCAGGACCCCAGCCACUACCCUUCCUAGGAAAUACCUUCACUGAUGUUAACUAUACAACUGUGGAUCAGUUUAUUGAAAAGUAUGGAAACAUAUUCAGUCUGAGAAAUGGAGGUGAUAAAACAGUGUACGUUUCUGGAUUUAAAAUGGUGAAGGAGGUUUUGAUCACUCAGGGGGAUACCUUCAUUGACCGCCCCAUUUCACCUCUAUUUGAUUCACUUUAUAAAGGCAGAGGUAUGUCCUUUAACAAUGGGUACUCAUGGAGAAAGCAACAGCAGUUUUCCUUAAGUCAUCUGAAAAAUUUCGGAGAGGGGAGGAAGACUCUAGAAGAACUUAUUCAACGAGAGUGCUACUCCCUAAGUACAGCCUUGAAAGAAGAGCAGGGCCACCCAUUUGACCCUCUCGCCAAAAUCAACAAUGCAAUGGCCAAUGUUAUUGGUAACCUGGUGUAUGGCCACCGAUAUGAGUAUGAUGAUGUUGAUUUCCAAAAGCGUCUACAAAUGAGUGCAGAGUCUGUGUUUCUUUCAGGAUCUGUGUGGUACCAGCUGUAUAAUGCCUUUCCAGGUAUAAUGAGGUGGUUGCCAGGACCUCAUCAGACAAUAAUCUCAAACUAUCAAGAGUUGGCAAACUUCCUGAGAGAAAAGGUUGAGCAACACAGACCAGACUGGGACAGUGAUAAUCCUAAAGAUUAUAUUGAUGCAUACCUUACAGAAACAGAGAAGAGGAAGAAUGACAAGGAGGCAGGAUUUAGUAUUGACAGUCUGGUGUGGUGUAUGGUGGACUUGUUUGAAGGGGGAACUGAAACAACAACCAACACUCUCCGAUGGGCUCUACUCUUCCUCAUCAAGUACUCUGACAUCCAAGAGAAGGUCCAGGCAGAGAUAGACCAGGUGAUUGGGUCCCGUUUACCUACUAUGGCAGAUAAGGCAAACAUGCAUUACACUAAUGCUUUCAUUCAUGAGGUUCUCAGAAAAGCAAACCUUGUGCCAAUCAAUAUGUCUAGAAUGGCAAGAAAGGACACAACCCUAAGUGGCUACUUCAUACCAAAGGGGACAGAGAUAAUCACUAAUCUGACAUCAGUGCUGUAUGAUAAAAAUGAAUGGGAAACACCGGACACCUUCAAUCCUGGACACUUUCUAAACUCUGAGGGCCACUUCUGCAGGAAAAAUGCCUUCUUUGCUUUCUCAGCAGGCAAGAGGCAGUGUCCAGGCGAGUACCUAGCUCAAAUGGAGCUGUUCAUCUUCCUCACCAUUUUCCUGCAGAACUUCAACUUCAGCCCUUCCCCUGGCGUGGAGCCCAGUUUGGAGAGCAAAGUGGGCUUCACACAAGCACCUCUGCCGUACAAGCUGUGUGCUCACCCGAGAUAAAUGGUGUCGGCUCAGUAUGGCAAUGAAUCUGCAUCAACCACUUGGGAACAGUGCAGCCUGUAAUCAAGCCAUUUAUGGGUACAUAUUGGUACUAUAAUUGGUGAAUAUAUUUACUAAUUUAGAAUGAGUUCCAAACACAUUAUUUUUCUUCUUCUGGUGCUUCUAGUGUUUUCUAUGUAGAUAUCUGUGGUGUUGAUAUCAAAGUGUAAUUUGCCAGCAAAGUAGAUUUACAGGUUAUUAGAGUUGCCAAAGAUUAUCAUGAGAAUUUUAAAGUGUUCAGGGGAUGUCAGAGUGGAAGCAGAGUGGGUUGAUUUAAAGAUUACUAGUACAUAAAUCCACAAGAUCUUACCUUCACACUGUGGACUCACUGAUAUACUUCUGUGCUCAUGAAACUCCAAGAGACUUAAGUUGAGCAAACCGGGACGGGAAGACAGCCAGGCAGACAGACACACACACACACACACACACACACACACACACACACACACACAUGUUGUGUUUCCAUGUUUUAUGGGGACUUUCCAUAGACAGAAUGGUUUUUAUACUGUACAAACUUUAUAUUCUAUCCCCUAAACCUAACACAACCCCUAAACCUAACCCUCACAGAAAACUUUCUGCAUUUUUACAUUUUCAAAAAACAUAAUUUAGUAUGAUUUAUAAGCUGUUUUCCUCAUGGGGACCGACAAAAUGUCCCCACAAGGUCAAACAUUUCGGGUUUUACUAUCCUUAUGGGGACAUUUGGUCCCCACAAAGUGAUAAAUACACGCACAUACACACACACACACACACACACACACACACACACACACACACACACACACACACACACACACACACACACACGUGCGGCUAUGCUUAUGAGGAAUCUCCAUAGACAUAAUUAUUUUUAUAUGAACUAUAGAUUCUAUCCACCUAACGCUACUUCUAAACCUAACCCUCACAGAAAAUGUUCUGAAUUUUUACAUUUUUGAAAACAUAUUGUUUGUAUUUGAAUUAUGGAGACACUAGAAAUGUUCUUAUAAACCACAUUUAUAGCAAACUUCCUUGGAAUUACCAGUUUGUAACAAAAAUGUCCUCAAAUCAACCAAACCCGCCUACACACACACAAAUAUAGCUACCUGUGAAUGUGUACAUUUAUUUUAUAUUCUUAAUUUUAAGAAGUACAAUUGUAAUUUUCUUUAAUGCUAUGAACUUGCAUGUGAAAUAAUACGAGCUGUCCUGUUUGAAAUUUCAUGUCAA